ACAAAACCCCCAUGGUCGCCGUCUUCAUCGUGUCCGUCUCGCCGCCAAAAGCACAUUUCUUUUUUUCCCGCCAUGAACAGCAGAGCCAUUGGAACCGCUAGCGCUAGCGAGCUUUUCGCGCAUGCUUGGGCGCUCGAGAGGGGAGCAGUCGCGGGAGGAUGGGCGAAGAAGUCGAGGGUCUCCCUACCGGCGAGGUCGAGCCCCGGACUGCUCUCCAGGAGUUCGCGGGUAUCGUCGAUCAGGAUGAUGCAACAACAGCAGCGCGGUCGUGGGGGACUCACCUAUAAAGACGCCGGCGUCGACAUCGACGCCGGCUCUGAGCUCGUCCGUCGCAUCGCCAAGAUGGCUCCCGGCAUCGGAGGCUUCGGCGGACUCUUCCCUUUGGGUGAUUCCUACCUGGUUGCUGGUACUGAUGGUGUUGGGACCAAGUUGAAGCUGGCAUUUGAAACUGGCAUCCAUGAGACUAUAGGCAUUGACCUGGUCGCAAUGAGCGUCAAUGACAUUGUUACAUCUGGGGCUAAGCCGUUGUUCUUCCUUGAUUACUUUGCGACAAGUCAUCUUGAUGUUGAUCUUGCCGAAAGGGUGAUCAAAGGUAUCGUUGAGGGCUGCCAACAAAGUGACUGUGUUCUCCUUGGUGGGGAGACAGCAGAAAUGCCAGAUUUCUAUGCAAAUGGAGAAUAUGAUUUGAGUGGUUUUGCUGUUGGAAUUGUUAAAAAAGAUUCAGUCAUUGAUGGAAAAAAUAUAGUUGAUGGAGAUGUUCUCAUCGGUCUUCCUUCUAGUGGGGUCCAUUCCAAUGGGUUUUCUCUUGUUAGAAGGGUUCUGGCACAUAGUGGUGCUUCUUUAAAUGACCAGCUACCCAAUAGUAAUGGGAUCUCGGUUACUCUGGGAGAGGCUUUAAUGGCUCCAACUGUGAUCUAUGUCAAGAAGGUACUUGAUAUUGUCAGUAAAGGAGGAGUAAAGGGAAUAGCACACAUCACUGGUGGUGGGUUUACAGACAAUAUUCCUCGGGUCUUUCCAGAUGGUCUUGGGGCACUCAUAUAUCCUGAUUCUUGGGAAGUGCCUCCUAUUUUCAAAUGGAUUCAAGAGAAAGGAGGAGUUGAAGAUGCUGAAAUGCGGAGAACCUUCAAUAUGGGUAUAGGGAUGGUUCUUGUUGUCAGCCCAGAGGCAUCUAGCAGAAUCCUUGGUGAAGAACAUGGCCCAUGCAUGCCUCGCCUUAUUGGGAAGGUUGUUAAAGGUGAAGGCGUGAUCUAUAAAUGACAGUAUCAUCUGCCGACAGCGGAAUGGAAGAGUUUCUGGCGAAGAUGGCGGCUCUUUUUUCGAUAUUAAUAAUUUAUACUUGUAUGUUAAUAUGCAACAACAGCCUAUCUGAAAGAUGGUGUUUUGCAUAGAAUGUUUUAUAUGGAAGUGGUUGUUUCA